CGCAGUAACCGCCCCGUGCGGUGUGACCGUUCAACCGCGUGUCGUGCAGGGCUACCGAAAUAGAAUAUUUUCACCACAAGACUUGUUGGCAACACUCAAAAAGUUCUUUAAAACAGCUGAUUGAAAUGGAAAUCCUGAAUGAAAAUAGGCCUAUAGAAGUUUCCAAAUCCCCAAAAAGUGGCAUAUCCACUGGAGGCAAAAUACUUAUAGCGGCUACCGGCGGUGUCGCCAUCGGCCUGUCAGUUGUCUGCGCCUCCUUUGUGGCGCCCGCCUUCAGGCGGAUUUGUCUGCCAUAUGUGCCCGCCACCAGCGAACAAAUACAGAAUGUCCUGAGCUUUCUACCAAAGACCGCGGGCGGAAAACUGCUGGACAUCGGCUCCGGAGACGGGCGCAUUGUUGUGGCGGCGGCGCAAAGCCAUAGGGCUCUAAAGACAGACGGCGUGGAAUUGAAUCCAUGGCUGGUGUACUACUCCCGCCUGGCCGCAUUGCGUCAUGGGGUAUCCAAGCAGACGAGGUUCUUCCGGCGAGAUCUAUGGAAGUUCGAUAUCAAAGACUACAACUUCGUGGUAAUCUUCGGCGUGGAGCAGAUGAUGCAGGACCUGGAGCACAAAUUGGUAGCCGAGUGUCCGGACAACACCAAGAUCAUCGCCUGCCGCUUCCCACUACCCAGUCUGCAGCACGUAAAAAUAAUCGAGGAUGGAGUGAACACCGUGUGGUUCUACGACCUCGACAAAAGCAGCGGAAACAGCUAGCGAAAGAAUUAUUAAAUUGGUAUUUUUAUUGUUUUCCACACUAAAAGAAAACGGUGCUUAAGAUAAAUGCUAGAAGGGUUGGUCAGUAAUACAAACUUGUUACCUUAAGAGAAUACAAAAGGGACGAGGACGAGAUUGAAAGGGCUAGCGCAGCUAGCCGGAAUACCAAUGAUGAA